UGAGUGUCUGUCUUGUCGUAGUCUACUCACUACUGUCUAGCGUCUAACCGACUCUAACCUGAAACCUCUAAGUUCUAACUUUGUUAUUGCGGAGUAACUAUAUUUUUUUUAUUUAAAGUUAUUUAAUAAGUUACUUUCACGAAUAAAAAUACCAUUGUAAAUUUUGACUAGGUGAACAUUGAAGUAGUCGUUUCCCUUUUUCCUCAGUGAAGCGAGAAAUCGCAGAGAGGCCGAUAUCUUUAAUACUGUUUAUCAUAUAUUGUUUCACACGAGGUAAUUCAAUAUGAGUGAGUCGGAAGCUAAUGUCAAUCCUAAAGCGUACCCAUUAGCAGAUGCAGCCCUGACUGCCAAAAUUUUAAAUCUGGUACAACAAGCAGCAAAUUAUAAACAGCUCCGUAAAGGUGCAAAUGAAGCUACUAAAACUUUAAACAGGGGUCUCUCUGAAUUUAUUAUAAUGGCAGCAGAUGCAGAACCCUUAGAAAUUGUUUUGCACAUUCCGAUAUUAUGUGAAGAUAAAAAUGUUCCAUAUGUGUUUGUAAGGUCGAAACAAGCGUUGGGGCGCGCAUGUGGUGUAUCUCGCCCUAUAAUAUCGUGCUCAAUUACAAUUAAUGAGGGCUCUCAGUUAAAGCCACAAAUACAAAGCAUUCAACAAGAAAUUGAAAGACUUUUAGUUUAAGAUGUAUGUGUACAGCUUAUUUUUUAAUACAAAGUAUGAAUAAA